AUGACCGGGCUCACAAACAAUGUCCAGCAAUGGGAUCUCUUUGCAAUGCAUGUGGCAAACGUAACCACUGCGCCAAAGUAUGUCGAUCGAAGCCCGCAGAAAGAUUUUCAAAUAGCAGACGACAACGACAAUUCGAAGGCAAAGACACAAGAGACACACAACAAUCAACAAUCAACAUCGGGAGAAAGAAAUCGGAGAGACAGGAAAAUGCCAGAAAAUAAAAAUGUCAAUAAUAGAGAUCGAAGCCCGAGUACCGAAAGCAGCACAUCAAGUGAUAGCGACUUGGUAAACCGCUUAAAGAUACACAGGACGACAGGGGAUGAAACGACUUUAUCCUGUGUUGUUUACAUAAAUGGUCAUAAAAUGCUCGUUGAACCAGACACAGGUGCAGACUCUAACAUUGUGGAUGAAAUUACAACUUCAAGAGUUGAAAACCAAGUCACCAGAGAUACAACUAUACGAGUCGAAAGUAAAGCUAAAUACGCUGAAAGAGAAGCUACCAGUCAAAGGCGAAUGCAUUGUGACCAUUGA